AUGCCAACGAUUGAGACUGGGAAAUUGAUGUCGACGUGUUUUCUGAAAGCAAAGGCUUCUCCGUUGUUCCAAUCGGAACAUGUGCUCAAUCAUUGUUUGAGAAGAGCAGAGGAAAAUAAAUAUAAUGCAUAUAUUACAGUUUGUUCGGAGUAUGCGAAAAACAAGUUAUAUCAAUCUCAAAGUAAAGCAGAGCAUCCUUUGAAAGGAAUUCCUUUUGCAGUGAAGGAUGCCUUCUGUACAGAAGGUAUUAACACGACUAUGGCCAGCAAUAUUCUUAAAGAUUAUAUCCCUCCUUAUACGGCAACGGUAGUGAAAAAAUUAGAAGAUUCUGGAGCAAUCAUGAUUGGAAAAACAAAUAUGGAUGAAUUCGCUAUGGGAAGUGGAACAAUAUUUGGAGCCUUUGGUGAAACAAAGAAUCCUCUUGAUGAAACAAAAAUUGCUGGAGGUAGCUCAGGUGGUAGUGCUGCGGCUGUUGCAGAAGAAAGUUGUUUUUUCUCAUUAGGAACUGACACUGGUGGUAGCGUUCGUUUACCUGCGUCAUACUGUGGUGUUGUCGGAUUUAAACCAUCUUACGGAUCUUGCAGUAGAUAUGGAAUGAUUUCAUACGGAUCGUCAUUGGAUACUUGUGGAAUUUUUUCGAAAACUGUAAAAGAAAGCGCUAUUGUUUAUAACACAAUGUGCGGAACUGACACCAAUGAUUCAACAACAAAGCUUGAUGUCACGACAGUCGAUUUAGUUUGGGAAGAUACUGUCAAAUGGCUGCAAGAUCAAACAGGAGCUCAAAUUGAAUAUGUCUCUCUACCUCACACCAAAUAUGCUCUCUCAACAUAUUAUGUGAUUGCCACUGCAGAGGCAUCAUCAAAUCUUUCGAGAUAUGAUGGUCUGAGAUAUGGAAAUAAGGUGUCUAAGAAACAAGAUUUAUUGUCGUAUUACAUGCAAAAUAGAACCGAAGGUUUUGGAAAGGAAGUGCUCAGGAGAAUUGUCUCUGGAACAUUUGCUCUUUCAGUGGAUAAAUAUGAUGCCUUUUUUAAGAAAGCACAACAAACAAGAAGACUGAUCACCAACGAUUUUUAUCAACUAUUGCAAGAUCAAGGAAUUAAUGCCAAGCAGUUUGGCAGGAAUACCAGCAAUUUCAGUGCCUAUUGA